CGCUAAGUGUGGAAGACGCUAAAGACGCUAUAUUUGAUAUGCGCAGAAAGGAGGAGAAAUUAGUCAAUGGAGAAAUCUGACAACGAAACCGCAGGUGCUGAAACGGACAGCUCCAAGCACAGCGUCCGUGCUCUCACCGGGUGCGUCCUGUUCAUCCUGAUCGUCUCCACGCUUUUUGGGAAUACGCUUGUGUGCGCCGCUGUGAUCAAAUUUCGACACCUUAGAUCUAAAGUGACUAACUUUUUUGUAAUCUCCUUGGCGGUGUCGGAUCUAUUCGUGGCCAUUCUUGUGAUGCCGUGGAAGGCUAUGUCUGACGUGGCCGGCUACUGGAUCUUCGGCAGCUUCUGUGAUACCUGGAUAGCUUUUGACAUCAUGUGCUCCACCGCGUCAAUUCUCAAUCUUUGUAUAAUAAGUAUGGACCGAUACUGGGCAAUUUCGAGCCCUUUUCGAUAUGAACGUAAAAUGACUCAAAGGUUUGCUUUCGUUAUGAUCGGAGUGGCAUGGACCCUCUCCAUUCUUAUCUCCUUCAUUCCCGUACAGCUCAAUUGGCACAAGUCAGAGGAGGAAAUGGAAAGAGUGGACGACACUAAUCAAAUCAACCAAAUCGAGGACUGCAACGCAAGCUUGAAUAGCACGUAUGCCAUAUCCUCCUCCUUGAUAAGUUUUUACAUUCCCGUCGUUAUUAUGGUUGGCACUUACACCCGGAUCUACCGGAUUGCGCAAACCCAGAUCCGGAGAAUAUCAUCCUUGGAGACAGCCGUGGAACACGCACAUAACAAUCAGCAAGCAGCCGAGAAAACAAACUCAUUAAAAACAACCUUUAAAAAAGAAACGAAAGUUUUGAAGACACUCUCUAUCAUUAUGGGAGUGUUUGUAUUUUGCUGGCUGCCUUUUUUCGUGGUCAACUGCAUAGUACCUUUUUGUGACAUUAACAAUCUUGGUGACCGCCUGUGCGUAAGUAACACCACGUUUAACAUGUUUGUGUGGUUUGGAUGGGCAAACUCAUCGUUAAACCCAGUCAUAUACGCUUUUAAUGCUGAUUUCAGAAAAGCAUUCUCCACCAUUCUGGGCUGCAAAAGAUACUGUUCCAGUUCUGUAGAAGCUGUUCAUUUAAGUAACGAGUUGAUGUCUUACCGCCACAACACUACGUUCCAGAACGCAACUAUCAAUGCCUCUGCGCAUUGUGCGCAACGCCUGCCCAUGGUCUCACACGGGGAAGAUUUGGACCUACCAUUUGACAAAGUCUCCGUUGUCUCUAAUACCUCACGUAACCAAAGAAACCUUAUCCUGCCUGCAAUACUGCAGCUUGAAUGUGAAGCAGAAAUAUCAUUAGAUAUGAUGCCUUUCCCCUCAACUGGACCCAGUGAGUGUUAUGUGAUUCCAGGUCAAGUUGAGGAUCUGUGAAACAAGUCUACAUUUUGCUCACUUUGUGUCUUUAAAAAAAAUGUUUGAUCUACAAGAGGACAGUUAUUAUCCCUAUAUUCUGACGUCCUGAUGAUUUUAUAGUGUG